AUGAUAACCGGUGCAACAUUGCUUACUGAGAAUGAAUGGUUUAAUUUUCUACAACAUGAGGUAUCACUACCAAAUGUUGCUAGGAAUGAAACAGUUAGAUUCGCCAAGCAGUUGGCAGACUCGUCCAUGACUAUCGAUGAUUUCAGUGAAUUAACUGAACAGCAACUGGAAACCAAUUUUAAUUUUGACCAAAUAGGUCUAAUCAAUAGAAUUAAAAAAUGGCAAAAUAAUUCAGUAUGUGAUGAUGAAGAUCAACGAUGGACAUAUUGA